AUGACCCUCGCCAGUCGCCGUGAAUUAGAUAACAGGGAGCAGCAUACAGUUUCCUUGUUCCUUUCCUAUAUCUCUAGCUCUAAUAUAGCUGAAAUACAGCGGCUCCUAAGCUUUCCCCUCACAGCUUUAUCAUCAUAUCAAUAUGAAGUUCCGCCAAUUCACAUUUGUGCAGCCUCCAAAAACUCCACAGUGCUGGACUUUCUGCUGCGAAAUGGGUUCUCAGUUGGAACUCCUGAUAUCUCGUGCAACGGGGGCACCAUUUUACACCGCGCUGCAAUCGAUGGAUCCGAAGAAAUAGCACGUAUAGCCUUGCAGCAUGGAAUUGAUGUCAAUGCCACCGAUGCUUCUGGAAAUACUGCGCUUCAUCAAGCAAUCCAACAUGGUCAUGGUGACAUCGUACAGAUCAUUCUCAAGUACAAUCCAGAUAUGCGGAUCCUUAAUGACGCCGGGUUGUCUGCUUAUCAGGUAGCGGUCUCGAAACGCUCUGACGAAAUAGCGAAGCUGUUGGUGCCCCUCAAGUAUGAUUGGCAUGCGGCCAAGCAAACUCGAGAGGAUCACAUACGAAGCAAUCUACUUUUUAGUGCCGAGGAUCUCACGUCCAAGUUGAAAAAGGUAAAGGCCAAGAAGAGCUCCAAGAAUGCAAAAACCAAGUCUAAGAAGUGA